UCCAGUUGCACUUCCGGGUUCUAAUGUUUACAACUGGGAGCAGCGUUGAGAACACAGAGCUGUUUUCCAAACCCAUCUUUUAUGUUAAAAACAACAUGUGCUCCGAGCGCUAGGACCGACACUCUGACGAUGACCUGUAUAAAUCAAUGAGGGAAGGUAAGCUCCUCUGUAUUUACCACCACCCCCCUGGUUGCAAAUCUCUACAGUGGCACAGGCGGCAGAGCUCCAUCAUUGGGAUCAGCUGCUGGGAGUGUAGAAUAAACUAUGAAGAAGAAAAGCAGACGUCCAAGGUCCAGCAGGACACAGGCAACAGUGAGUGUCAGUGAGGAGAAGAGGCCGCCUGGAAACAGAGGGAGACCUCGGAAGACCGUCCAUGUGACUGCAGACAGUUUCUACCAUGACAGCACUGCAAACAACAAGACUGCUAACUUAGACUUCAGCGUGACAGCAGCUGACAACACACAGAUACACACAGAGACCAAGUCCAAAUCUUCAGCAGGUAGACUGUCCACUGCUGUCUGUCGGCUCUGCCACGGGAAGUUCUCUCCACGCAGCCUGCGACACGCCUUCGACAAGUGGCCUCAGGAUUCCAUUGAUAUUGUUGACGACGAGUCAGACACUGCGGUCCAGUCACCCCUUUUAUUCCACACAGACUUCCAGCGACUGGUCGGGGUCCAGUUGGACCGUGACCCCCGGUUAUCUGAGUUCAUCUGCAAGAAAUGCCAUGCCAAGUUCUACAAGUGUCACAGCAUCCUGAUCAGGUUUCUGCAGAGAGUUAACCUCCCACCAGUUGGGAAAGAGAACCUAAAAAGCCGGAAGAAUGCAAACUACCCAGAGUCCUCAGUAAACCAUGGCUUAAUAACUCCACCAUCCUUUACCUCAGACCCUAAGUGCCUCCAUAGCCUGGUGUCCUGGGCUCACCACCAUGGAGAGGCCUGCCGGUCCUGCCCCGACCUGAAGGAGGUUCUGGAGGACCAGUGCUGGGGCUCUGUCAAAGCUGUUUGGGGUUGCGUUGAAGGUCACAGCUACAUCAUGGACACUCAGUGCACAGCCACUACCAACCCGGGGGGGUACAUGGUGAACUUUAGCAGUGCAGCAUUAGGGAGUGGCAAUGGUGAUGGAGUGAUGUCAGAGGAGGAGGAACAGGACCAGGAGGAAGAUGAAGAAGAGCAACCCAGCAGUAAUGGAAGGACCCCAGCAGGAAGCAUAAGCACUCUGAUUCAACACACUCCAUCUUCAGUCACAGCUCAGACUCCGAGCUUAGUGCUGGAUCACUGGGGCAGGAACACUGAAGAUUUUACAGGUCAGGAGGAGGCGCUGUCUCCUGUUCCGGCCCAACUGGAGGACAGGGCUGCUGACAGUGAUCUGUCUGACAGGGUUAUCUCCGAGGAUGACUUUGAGGAGGGGAGGAAAGGAGGGUUAUUGGACGACGAGCUGUUUGAGCCGUAUUCUGACAAGAGAGGUCGCAGGGUGACCGCCCCCAGCAAGAGAAGACGAAGCCCGAAGCCGACAGAGGAGCCCAAAAUCAAAAAGAAACCCGGACCCAAACCCGGCUGGAAGAACAAGUUCAAACCUAAAGGAGAGGAGCUGCCCAACAUCUACAAGUGUCCGUAUCAGGGCUGUACGGCCGUCUAUAGAGCUCCUGAUGGUCUGAAGAAGCACAUCAAGGAGCAUCAUGAGGAGGUGAGAGAGCGGCCCUGCCCUCACCCUGGCUGCAACAAGGUUUUCAUGAUCGACCGCUACCUGCAGCGACACGUCAAGCUCAUCCACACAGAGGAGAGGAACUACAUUUGUGACCAGUGUGGCCAAACCUUCAAACAGAGGAAACACCUGUCAGUUCACCAGAUGAGACAUUCAGGGGCCAAGCCACUACAAUGUGAGGUGUGUGGCUUCCAGUGUCGCCAGCGGGCGUCACUAAAAUACCACAUGACCAAGCACAAGGCAGAGGCCGACUUGGACUUUGCGUGCCUGAUGUGCGGCAAACGUUUCGAGAAGGCCCACAACCUGAACGUCCACAUGUCCAUGGUCCACCCGCUGACUCAGACCGAGGUUCAGAGAGGCAGCAGUCAUCAGCAGCAGCCACUGUACUCCGACCUGCACACCAUCACUCUGACCGGGGAGGUGGUUCAGCAAGACCAGGACAGAUGACGGCAGGGAGUCCAGAUCCAGGUCUAGGUCUGCUGCAGGGGCACAUAAACUGUGGGACAGGGACCCGUUCCGACCACCUGUACUGUAGUUUCGCUUUCAGGUCAACGACUUUUCAUUCAAAACAGAUGCUUAGCUCAGCUUGUGUGUCAUAUCAAACUGUCAUCUUCAACAUAAGAACAUUUUAGUGGAAACUGACCAACCUGUUGAUAAUUACUGUCUUAUAGACAGCUCUUUAGAGUUUUCAAUAAUCACUUCUUAUUUCAAAAUGAAUCUAUUUUAUUGUCAGGACAUCUUAUGACCAAGUAUACCACAAGUUUAGGGUUUAGCUUGUUUUGGGGGUAGGCAGCGUUCUUUCCUUCACAUGUAACAAUGACAAACGCUACAGUGCAACCUGACCUUUGCUCUUCUACAGUCUGUAUCGUUACUUUGUCUUAAGGCAGAAUAGGUUUUAAAGUGUUUCCAGGGUUUUAAGGUUGUAAUCUUUAAGUUUUUCAGUUCGGUUUGAGUUGGCAAUACCUGUGGUUACCGUGGUAACAACAGGAGCUUCUGCUGUAUCUGCGGCUGCUCCUGACUUUCCUUACUCAGACAUUUUUUAAAUUGAUCUGCAGUCCACAGUAGUUUUGUUUUGUAGAUAGAUAAUAGACAAAGGAUCACAGUUCGGCCCUCACAGUCUAACCUCAGUGACAAAUGCGUUGCUUUAAAGUUCCAGUGUGUAAUAUUUGGAAGGAUCUAUUGGCAGAAAUGGAAUAUAAUAUUCAUAGGUAUGCUUUCAUACUAUGUACAAUCACCUGAACAUAGGAAUUGUUGUGUUGUGGUUUCCUUAGAAUCAGCUGUUUUUAUCUAGACACCCAUGUUGCCUUCUAUUGAGUCCCCUUCUACAGUGUAAACUGUAAACACUGGUUCUGUAAAGGCGCUUGGAAGAGGAGGGUGAAACGAGGGAGUUGCAAAAACAAUGUAGCAAGAUAGUAAGCAGAGGUAAAAUUGAAUUGUUUAAAAACCCUGCAAUUGUGGCUCCAAACAGGAACUAUUAGGAAGAGAAGUGCAGAUCAGGAGUACCCCUUUUCUUCCAAAUCAGCUCUGGUUCUUGAACCAGGUUCAAGAUUCAACAACAGCCAACAAUAAAUGUUCUUAUUAGGAAUAAACCUGCCUUCUGAGUGAACUGUAGCUGGGUACUUGUAAAGCCUAAUAUUUUCGGAGGUGGUACGCGGGGGAAAUAGUUUGAAGAACACUGCUUUAAGCAGUAGGAACUUUUCUUACAGUUUGACAGUAAACAGUGUGAGUGAUGUCAGUGAGAUCAAAUUACAAACAGAAACACGGGAUUACACACUGCAUCGUUUCCUGUCAAUGCCACAUUCGAAGCUGUGCAAAUUAAAUCCAGCACAGGAAUGGUGGACUCCGCCACAAUAAGGAACAAUAUUUAAAGAGAUAAUCAUAUAAUGUAAUGUAAAUACAUUGUCUAUUGCUAAAACAAUGGCAACAAUAAAUAGUAUCAAAAACUGGUUUAAUUUCAUGAAAAUCUUAAGGAUUAUAACAACCUCUCCUGGUGCCUCUGUUAAGAGGGAUUUGACACUGCCUGUAGAGUAUAUGCAUCUAUACAGACAACGUUCAACCUACAUAAAUGCAGUUGUAAGUCAUAUAAUUCAAUAUCCUUGUUACAUAAAUACAUGUAAAGCACUGUGUAACCUCCUCACAGUGCACAUGGUUGUGCAGAAUGACUUCAAAGAACAUUAACUUCAGUUUUAUUAGGUCACUGUUAUGUUAUGUAAGUUAUUACAAUGUUAAGUAUUCUUUUUAAGAAUGUGUCUUUGUGUUGUAAACAGUGAAAAGGGCUUCAGGUGUACAGGUGUAUAAUAAAGUCCUGUGU